AUGCGACGGCAGGCGGUGGAGCAGUCGUGCGAGAUUGCGAUGGCGCGCGACACCAGCAGCAGCGUGGGUGCGGUGCCUCCGCUGCCGCGACACCAGCAGAGCGGUGGUCGAAGCCCGCUAAGUGAGUCGUUGUGUCCGCUUGCUGACGAAGAGAUGAUGCGGCAGUUGCGGCAGAGAGAGCUCGCGAAGGAGGAGGAACUCAUGGAUGCGCAGUCGCGGCUGCGUGAGGCUGAGCGCCGCAUCGCUGAGGAAGUCGAGCGCCGCGCACGGACGGAGGAGGAGCGCCGUACGGCCCUCGAGGAGUCGGCAUUGCUGCUGCGCGACGCAGAACGGCGGGCGGAGGAACGUAUACGCCACGCGCGUGAGGUGGCAGAGCAGCAGGCGGCGGAGGAGGUCAGCCGCGUGCGGAAUGCGAGUGAGCGGCAGGCUGCACAUGCCGCGACGUUGCGCGCGAUUGAAGAGGAAGAGAAGCGAGCAGUCCUUGAGGCGCAGCUGCGCGCGGCGGAGCGAGCGCUGAAGGAGGCGCAGCUGCGCGCAGAUGAAGAGGUACGUCGUACGAAGGCAGAGGCGGCGGCAGAAGCCGCGAUGGAGGCUCAGCGUAUCGCUCUUGAAGCGGAACGGCGGCUGCAGCAACACGAGGCGCAGCAGCAACAGCUGCAGCGACAGCAGGUGGCGGAGCGUAGUGACGAAGCAGAGCGGCGACUGCGCAACAUUGAGCGGCAGGCACGCGAGGCAAUCGCGGACGCAGCAGAGGAGGCUAGGAGUAUUGCUGCAGAUGCACAGCGGCGGCUAGAGGAAUUAGAGGCACGCCACGCUGAGCGCGAGGCCGCCGUUGAUGCGGCAAAGUUGAGUGUGCAGGUGGCGCAGCAACGCAUGCGGGAGUUUGAGGAGUUGCAGCACAACGCUUUGCAGCGUCCCCCAGUGUCUGGGCAGCCCGUAGAGAUUCCAGCAGCACCAGUAGCCGCCACCACACGAGCAGCAGACCUGACACAACGACAGCAGGAGCAACAGCAGGGAGGAGGAGCUCCCGCCGUCGCUGCGGUGCACCGCGACGACGGUGUCGUGGGUGUGGUAUGCAGCAGCGUCAUUCGCGCCGCUAUUCGUGAGGCGGUGGAUGAAAUUGUAAAGGCCACGAAGGAGGCGUGGCAGAUAUCGGAAGAGGCAGAGCAGCGGCUACGGCUAGAGCGGCGGCGACUUCGGCGGAGGCAAGCGGAGCGUGACCGAGCCGAGCAGGAGUUGAUCGAGGUCGAGAACGAAAGUGUUCUUUGGGACGAGCUGAACACCAGCACGAGCUACGCGUGCGCGAGCAGCCGGCGGACGCCUGUAGAGGCGAACAAAAGUGUCGAGACGCCGCUUUGGGACCUGCCACCUCAGCCUCGUAGGGAAAAAGAGGAUCAAGAGCAGCAUUUGCCCUCUUCGCUUCCGACAGAGCGUAUAUGCCCCCGGUGUUACCGCAGUGACACAACGGCUUGCGCAAUGUGUGCGUCGCGCGUGUGUGUUUACUGCGGCCCCGCCGUCGCCCACAGUCGGUGCUGCGAGAUGCAGCACCUCAGCGCGGUCAACACUCGGCGCCGGCAGCUGGCAGAGAAGCAGCAGCAGAAGAAGAAGGAGCAAAAGCUACAGCAACAACAGCGGUGGCAGCAGCUGACGGAUGACGAAAAGGUGGCCGGGCCAUCGCUGCGGGACGCGCAAAACAAUGCGGCGGCGCAGAGGCGGCGGGACACCGGGACGUCGCCACUCGCUGUGCAGCGCAAGCUGCUACCUGACGAGAGCAGCGCCGAUGAAAGGCAGGUGGAUGGCGACGGCGAGGAGGAGGAGGAGGAAGAAGAAGAAGAGGUAAUGGUGGUGGUUGACGUGGCAGGCAGGGCCGAUUCGGUUUCCAGCGCUCCCGAGCCAAAGACGGAGCGGAAGCGAUACGAAGCCUUCUUCGUCCCGCUGGGCAGCGAUGCGGAGCCGCGGCGGCCGAAGCCGCCCACACCAAACAAUUACGUGCCGGGUGUCUUUGCUGCGACAUCGAAGUUCCCGAGGCCCGACCGGAGGAGUAGCCCGCCAGUGUGUCGUCCACGCGUCCACAAGCAGGAUGCCUCCGCUGCUGCUGCACAGUCCACGCAGCAGCAGCAGCAGUAUCGCCGAACCGCCAGCGCCCCCAGAGAACGCCCUGCAACCUUCGCCAGCAAACAAAAACAACAGCGGCAGGAGCAUAAGCAGCCCUUUACAGCCUCUGCGCUUCCGGUAAAGGAACCGUUGAUGAUGGGCCGCUUUGGUUCGAGGUCGCGGGGACGUGCGGCAGAGCGGCGCCACAUGCAAGACCCACUGGCCGGUUAUGGCCGCUCGUCUUCGCCUGUCUACCUCGGCGUCGACCCGCCAGCCUGGUCAGGGCACGUGCCGCGGCGCUCGACAAGGCAAUACUCCCCUCGUGAGCCCUCUAUUGAGCUUGAUGAUGAGUUAGACUACAACACCUACGAUGACCCCAGAGGUCUUGGGCGCACGUACUACGACGGAAAGCCUGUGCAAACUCUUGGUUUAAAUUAUCCGCCUGAUGAUGUGGCGGCAAGUGGAAGUCGUUCCUUCGGGCAGCAAAAGCAACAACAACAACAACACAGGGUAGCAGCGGCGGCAAGGCGGGACGAGGGCCACGUGAAUGUGAGCCGUGAAUGUGUGUUUGCGCCGACGCACCACGAGGUACCGGGUGCUGUGCCGCCGCGGCAGCGCCCUGAACCGUCCCUGUACGACCAUCAGCGGUACGAUGACUACAACACGCGCACCACGCCGACACUGCAGGAGCUGGACCACCGACUGCGCCACCUGCAGCAGCAUCGUGUCUUUGACCGUGUAGAUCGGCGCUUGCCAGAUGAGCACUGCAUGCGCCACCACCGCCACGUCAACGACGACGCUGUUGACUACGGCCGAAGCACAGCAGGUCGCCCCACCUCACAUCGUCCCGCACCGUGCCCACAUGAGCCUUGCAUCACCGUUCACCUCUACCCCCGUAGCGGCCGCCCAGAUGCACGAGGCGAGGCAUCGCGGUCCAAGUCGCGGGUGCCGAGUUGUCAGCGGCAGUGCAGCCGUGCAGGCAGACGCUCCACACCGCGUGUCGUCUCGCCGCCGUGGCGGACGGAUUACAACUCGGGGCCGCUGCGCCCACCGUGGAACGUGGAGCAGCCGCACACGUUUCUGGCGAAACCGUACAAGCGGAGUCUUCUACCCGCGGAGCUGUAA